GCGGCACAGUCGCGAGGAGCGCGCGCACCGCACCACGUGACAACGAACACGAACGACCCGCGAGACAUAACACACGGCAAUUGUUUGACUAAUUAUGUGAUUUUAUAUAAGACUAUUUAAAAAUAUUUAAUCGUAAUUUAAGGAUCUCGUUUACAGUUUUACUAUAAGUUAUUAAUCGUUUAUUUAUUGAAAGUGGGACCAAAAUGACGAUAAAAAAUAAAAAGACUAAAUCGAAGACGUCCGAGGCGUCAACCAGUGCGAGUAGUGUGCAGAAGUCCAGCUCCAGCACGUCCACGACCGUGCAGCAGAGCAGCAACACUCUGCAGAAGGUGUCGUCCGGCAAGAAAGUACGCUACAUCCAGGUGAAGGUGGAAGAAGAAGAUCCUCUCAUGAUCACGGACAUCUCUGACAACAUGUCGCACACCGGCUCCACCGUGUCCGAAGCUUACAACAGCCAUCCUCACUACAUAAUCGCCGAAGCACCUUCCAUAACUGAUUUAUCCCAGCUGCCUCAAUCCCGCCAAGAUCACCAUGUCAGCGACAUGGUACAGUCGACCACUGGCGAGUUUGUAUCGAGCUCCCUGCACGAGUCCUCGACUUCGCACCAGCAGAGCUCGACCAAUGAAACAUUCCAAUCGUCCUCCACAUCUGUGCAGCGUUCAGGAUCUAGUCACAGCCGCAGUCAACUUGAAAGCAGCAUCGACGCUACUGGCAGUCAGACUCUUAAUACCGGUUUUAUUGAUAACUCGGUUCGUGACAAUUCUGGCGUGAAUACGAAAUUUUUGUCAAAAUCUCAAGGCGCUAAUUCUACUAAUUCGUUCCUCGAGAUGGAACGUCAAGAACUUACGUCACAGUCUUCGAACGUGCACACUAGUGCUACUACGGAAGCUACGACGACUAGUUCAACUCAUCAAUCAUCGCCACAGCAUCAACGAUCAGACCUGCAUCACCAGCAUCACAAAAAUAUAACUGGCGAUAAGAUAACUGGCCAGAACUUUUCUCCUAAAGGUAAAAACAUGCCUACUGUACGAUCGGAUUCCUCUAAAUUCUAUGGAGGCGAAGGUACUCUGGACAAGAACGUCAAUUCAAAACAGUAUAGCAGCACGUCACAUACCAGUGAGGCUAAAAGUAGCAAUGUGACUAAAUCAUCGUCAUCGUCUCAUGUCGUGGAAAUUGUUGACGGCAAAGAACGCAUUAUCGACAGUUCGAGCAGGGAAUGGGGAGAUGCCCAAGAGAAAGCUACCAGUGAAGCUUACGCUAGUGUAAGUGGCACUGGCAUUAAGCCUCAAUCCGUGCACAGCGUGCAAAAUUACGACAUGAAGUCUAAAUAUGAUACUGGAAAACCAGGCCAGAAACCUUCCAGUCAGAUGACCAUUAAAGAAGAUUCGAAGCUUGUUAAAGACGGAAACCAGAUUACCACUCAUUCAAGUGAGAUUUCCGAAAAAGAUAAUGUUAAACAGCAGCAAAUUAGUUCUACACAAGAGCAGUUGCUAUCCUCUGAUAAAAAAUAUAAUGCGUCAACUUCAGAUACUUCAAAACAUAUUACAGAUCAACACAGCAAAACGACAACAUCUGACACUUCAAAGCAUAUCCUUGAUCAACAGAAGCAUACAACUGUAUCAGACACAACUAGCCACAAAGUAAGUGAACAGAGUAGCACUUCAACUUCUGAUACUACCAACAUUCAGAGGAGCAGCAAUGUUGUUGAAAACAUCAACAAAAUUAAUGAAACUGCUAAUGAGAGGAGAAAGAACUUAAAUCAAACCGAUUCGUCCAACUUUUAUGGCUACGAUUCGACUAUUCAAAACGAAUUGCAAAAAGUUGGCGAUAUUCUGAAUGUAGGAAAUGUCGAGAAUAUUAACUUUUCAACUAAAAUUAUGAAGAGUAACACAAGCAGCGCACAACAAGCGUCUAAAUCUUCAUACAACAUUGAAAUAGUCGAUGGAAAGGAAACAGUUGUCGACAGUUCUCACCGAGAAUGGGGCGACAGCAAGGAUCAUUCCACGUAUGAGAAGAGUCACAAUAUUAGUGGCACCGGAAUUAAACCAGAGCACGAGUACAACCGUCAUGUGCUCGAUAAAGAAUCUCAUUAUGAUACAGGGAAAAAAGGGGUCCCCACUAGUUCUACUCAAAUUACAGAAGAAUCGCUUUUGGUCAAAGAUGGCCAGGAAAUUGCCUCAACAAGCAAUACUUAUAUAGGCGAUUUCACUAAGAAAAGAGCAUUAACGGAGCACACUGACACUGAAGAUAUUCUGAAUAAGCGAAUCCAAGAUACUACUGAUAGGUCUAAUAUUACUGAUUCCACUGCCUAUCAAUCGACAACAACCGAUACCAAGUCUUCAAAUGUAAACAUUAAAGAUACGACUGAUUUUGUAAAUAUUGAAAAGCAAAAUUUGACUAAAGAAACUAGCUCAACGUCUCAAACUAAGGAUACUUUGACCACUUAUGAGCAAAGUACUGGGACUUGGAAUGGUAAGUUUGUCUACGAAACCGAUGACGACAGGCCAAAAAGACCAAAAGAAAUGUCACCUUUUGGUAGACCAGAACCCAGGCACCACCUAAAGCGUCAGGAUACUGAAGAAAAUAUAAUUUUAUCUUCAAGGGAUAUCAAGGAUUUCACAUCCAUAACUGACUUAAGAAAGAUCAUUGAAUCGUCACAAUCUAAGAAAGACAUAACAGUCAGUGAUAAGAGCAUUGUUAUCAAACGAAACAUAGAUGACAGAGUUUUGAAGGACAUUCUUGAAACAGUCAAGAAAUAUCCAUUCAAAAGAAUCGAGAAAGUGACCUUUGGAACAAAAAUCAAUGAAGACGUUAAGGAUCUUUACGAAGGAAUAGAUACCGAGAAGCAAACAACAGUCAUUAACACCAGCAAUACUGAUGUGAUUAAGAAAUCAUUCCAAGUGGAGAAGAAUAGAAGUCAGGUCGAGGUUAUCAGAUACGUUAAUGAAAACGGUAUCAAAACAAGGAUAGUCACUUACGAGGAUGCGAAAGAAGAUGAUAAAGUGAAGACAAACGUAUACGUGGACAAUACUUCGUCGUUAGACGUCAAAAACUUGAGCGACGUUCGUACGACGAAAGACGUAUUGCGCGAAUACGACGUGGUAGACCACGCCAUCACUGAAGACGUGACCACCGUCCGCUCUGUUUACGACGAGAAGAUCAACAAGAAAACAGUGCGAGACGACAGGACCACCGUCGACGAGACGGUCAUCGUCGAGGAGACCAGGCCUCGCGGUCCCAAGAAACCUGAGAAGAGCGUCGUUAAGGAGCAGUGCAUUUGUGAAAUCUGCACUUGUGGGCGUCACCGCUGCCCACACAACGAUGUCCCGGAGCCAUUGUUCGAUGUGGCGCACACGACGAGCGUGGUCUCCGCGUACAAGCAAGACUACGACGAGAAGCACGUCAGCCGCACUACGGCCGUCCACCACGAGGACCAUCUUCGCCUUGAGGGCGAUUUCCAGAAACUCGAGCGGCCCGAAUGGCACCCCGCCGAACGGCCCAAACCCACCAAACCAGAGGAUAAUCUUAGACCAGAGGGCGAUUUUGAGAAGAGGCGUCCGGAAGAAUGGCGCCCCGGCGACAGAGCUCCCGUGAAAAGGCCAGAAGAUAACCUCAAACCAGAGGGUGAUUUUGAAAGGAGGCGCCCCGAGGUGUGGCGUCCAGGUGACAGAGCACCUAUUCGACGUCCCGAGGACAACCUCAAGCCCGAAGGAGACUUUGAGAAACGCCGCCCAGAUGAAUGGCAACCGGGAGACCGAGCCCCCGUCCGCAAGCCUCAGGACAACCUUCGCCCAGAAGGUGACUUUGAGAAACGUCGCCCGGAGGAAUGGAAACCGGGCGACCGAGCCCCUGUUCGUCGUCCCGAUGACAACUUGAGACCCGAAGGCGACUUUACCACUCCUGAAAAAGAACAAUGGCGUCCAGCGGAAAGGCAGACACCCAAAAAGCCAGAGGACAAUCUUAGACCAGAGGGUGACUUUGAAAAACGACGACCUGAAGAGUGGCGCCCGGGAGACAGGGCACCAGUACAUAAACCCGAGGAUAAUUUAAGGCCUGAGGGGGAAUUCACUUCGCCUGAGAAAGUACCUUGGCGCCCAGCUGAGAGGCAGAAGCCCAAGAAACCAGAAGACAACUUGAAGCCUGAAGGUGACUUUGAAAAGCGCAAACCCGAAGAAUGGAAGCCAGGUGACAGAGCUCCGGUGCGAAAACCGGAGGACAAUCUCAGGCCUGAAGGAGAUUUUGAAAAACGGCGACCGGAAGACUGGCAGCCAGCGGAUCGCCAAAAACCCAAGAAACCCCAAGACAACCUGAGACCCGAAGGUGAUUUUGAAACACAGAAGCCUGACGAAUGGCGCCCCGCUGAACGUCGUGAACCAACUAAGCCGAAAGAUAAUCUCAAACCUGAAGGUGAUUUCGAAAAGCCGAAACAUGAUGAGUGGCGACCGGCCGAAAGGCAGACUCCUAAGAAACCACAAGACAAUCUCAAACCUGAAGGUGAUUUUGAGAAGAGAAGACCUGAAGAAUGGCAACCGGGUGAUAGAGCCCCUGUGCGAAAGCCAGAGGAUAAUUUGAGGCCUGAGGGAGAUUUCGAAAAACGCCGACCAGAAGAUUGGCAACCUGCUGAUAGACAGAAACCUAAAAAACCUCAGGAUAACCUGAGACCCGAAGGCGAUUUCGAAACCCAAAAGCCCGAUGAAUGGCGCCCCGCUGAACGACGUGAGCCAACUAAACCAAAAGAUAAUCUUAAGCCUGAGGGUGAUUUUGAAAAACCUAAACACGACGAGUGGCGUCCGGCUGAAAGGCAGACUCCUAAGAAGCCUCAAGAUAAUCUCAGACCUGAAGGCGAUUUUGAAACCCAUAAACCAGAUCAAUGGCGUCCAGCGGAACGCAGAGAGCCUACAAAACCCAAGGACAACCUCAAACCAGAAGGAGAGUUCGAGCAGCCGAAGCAUGAUGAGUGGCGCCCAGCAGAGAGGCAGACUCCUAAAAAACCUCAAGAUAAUCUGAAGCCUGAGGGAGAGUUUGCUCAGCGCCAGCCUGAUGAGUGGCGUCCGGGUGACAGAGCUCCAGUACGCCGUCCCGAAGACAAUCUUAAGCCAGAAGGAGAAUUCACUUCUCCUGAAAAACAGCCUUGGAGACCGGCAGAAAUACAGAAGCCCAAGAAACCGGAAGAUAAUCUGAAACCUGAAGGAGAAUUCACAUCGCCCAAAAAAGAUGAAUGGAGACCGGCAGAGAAAGCUGUAGUAAAGAAACCAGAAGACAACUUACGGCCAGAAGGAGAGUUUACCAAGAGAACAACAGACUACACGGUUGUCACUGGCGAGAGGGCUGAAAUAAUUCGCCGAACCGAUAACAUCAUUACGGAAGGAGAGUUCACAGAUACCACUACGUCUCGCACCGAAUAUACAAUAAAACCAGUAGAAAGACCAAAACCUGUGCGACGAAACACUUGGACAAAGAUCGAAGGAGAAAUGACCACAGAUACAACCUCAAAAUCAGAAUACAUCGACUAUACCGACAUCGUUGAAAGAACUGUUAUUGCUACGAAGAAAACCGACAAUUUAAUUCAAAAAGGUGAAAUUGAAUUCGUGACUUCCAACCAGGAGGAUUACACACAAAAAAUGACACCGGUUGAACGUCCCCAAAGACGUCGCACAUGGACUAAAGAAGAUUUUGAAAAGUUCUAUUCAACAGAUGAAUUGCAAAAAGUUACGACCACACAAGAAGAAUAUAGAACGUAUGAAGAAACUGACAUCAGACAGCAACAGAUUAUUAGGAAAGAUAACCUUCACAUGGAAGGAACGUUCGAAACUCACACUGUGUCUCACGAUGCUUAUCAAGGCUCUGAAUUGACUGAAAGGCCAAAACAAAAGAAGCCAAUAGAUAAUCUUCGACCUGAAGGUGAAUUUGAAACUCCUAAGCAAGACAAGUGGCGUCCCGCCGAGCGACGAGAAAUUACUAAGCCAAAAGAUAAUCUUAAACCAGAAGGAGAAUUUGAAUCACCUAAACACGAGGAGUGGCGUCCUGCUGAGAGACCAGAGGUAAAGAAACCGAAGGACAACCUUAGACCGGAAGGUGAUUUUGAAACCCAGAAGCCCGAUGAAUGGCGCCCUGCUGAACGUCGUGAGCCGACUAAGCCUAAGGACAACCUGAAACCAGAGGGUGAAUUUGAAAAACCGAAGCACGACGAAUGGCGCCCAGCAGAGCGACAAACUCCAAAGAAACCACAAGACAAUUUAAGACCUGAAGGCGACUUUGAAACGCAAAAACCAGAUCAAUGGCGUCCAGCGGAACGCAGGGAGCCUACCAAACCUAAGGACAACCUCAAACCAGAAGGAGAGUUCGAGCAGCCGAAGCACGAGGAGUGGCGGCCAGCCGAACGUCAAACACCGAAAAAGCCUCAAGACAAUCUGCGUCCUGAAGGUGAUUUUGAGAGUCAGAAGCCCGAUGAAUGGCGCCCCGCUGAACGUCGUGAGCCGACUAGGCCCAAAGACAACUUAAAACCAGAGGGUGAAUUUGAGAAGCCAAAACAUGACGAGUGGCGGCCCGCCGAGAGGCAAACUCCUAAAAAGCCUCAAGAUAAUCUAAAGCCUGAAGGUGAAUUUGAGUCACCAAAGCCUGAGGAAUGGCGUCCAGCAGAAAGGCCUGAAGUUAGAAAGCCAAAAGACAAUCUUAAACCUGAAGGGGACUUCGAGACGCAGAAGCCUGACCAAUGGCGUCCUGCUGAACGUCGUGAACCAACAAAGCCCAAGGAUAAUCUAAAGCCUGAAGGAGACUUCGAGACGCAGAAGCCUGACCAAUGGCGUCCUGCUGAACGUCGUGAACCAACAAAGCCCAAGGAUAAUCUAAAGCCUGAAGGAGACUUUGAGACUCAGAAGCCCGAUGAAUGGCGACCCGCCGAACGUCGCGAGCCGACUAAGCCCAAGGACAACUUAAAACCAGAGGGUGAAUUUGAGAAGCCAAAACAUGACGAGUGGCGGCCAGCCGAGAGACAAACUCCUAAAAAGCCUCAAGAUAAUCUAAAGCCGGAAGGUGAAUUUGAGUCACCAAGGCCUGAGGAAUGGCGUCCAGCAGAAAGGCCUGAAGUUAGAAAACCAAAAGACAAUCUUAAACCUGAAGGCGACUUCGAGACGCAGAAGCCUGACCAAUGGCGUCCUGCUGAACGUCGUGAACCAACAAAGCCCAAGGAUAAUCUAAAGCCUGAAGGAGAUUUUGAGACGCAGAAGCCUGACCAAUGGCGUCCUGCUGAACGUCGCGAACCGACUAAGCCGAAGGACAACUUAAAACCAGAGGGUGAAUUUGAGAAGCCAAAACAUGACGAGUGGCGGCCAGCCGAGAGACAAACUCCUAAAAAGCCUCAAGAUAAUCUAAAGCCUGAAGGUGAAUUUGAGUCACCAAGGCCUGAGGAAUGGCGCCCAGCGGAAAGGCCUGAAGUUAGAAAGCCAAAAGACAAUCUUAAACCUGAAGGCGACUUCGAGACGCAGAAGCCUGACCAAUGGCGUCCUGCUGAACGUCGUGAACCAACAAAGCCCAAGGACAAUCUAAAGCCUGAAGGAGACUUUGAGACUCAGAAACCCGAAGAGUGGCGUCCCGCUGAACGCCGUGAGCCAACUAAGCCUAAAGACAACUUAAAACCAGAAGGUGAGUUUGAAAAACCUAAGCAUGAUGAAUGGCGUCCAGCUGAGAGACAGACUCCUAAGAAACCUCAAGACAACUUGAAGCCGGAAGGAGAAUUUGAACAACCGACACAUGAGGAAUGGCGACCAGCAGAAAGGCAAACUCCUAAAAAGCCACAAGAUAAUCUGCGACCUGAAGGUGACUUUGAAACUCAGAAACCUGACCAAUGGCGUCCCGCUGAACGUCGUGAAGCUACUAAACCUAAGGAUAACCUUAAGCCUGAGGGUGAUUUUGAGACCCAGAAACCAGAUGAGUGGCGCCCUGCUGAACGCCGAGAACCAACCAAGCCCAAAGACAACCUGAAACCAGAGGGUGAAUUCGAAAAACCCAAACAUGAUGAGUGGCGUCCUGCCGAGAGACAAACCCCUAAGAGACCUCAAGACAAUCUAAAACCAGAAGGUGAAUUUGAACAGCCAAAACACGACAAAUGGCAGCCCGCAGAACGUCCGGAGGUGAAGAAACCGAAAGACAACCUUAAGCCUGAGGGAGAUUUCGAAACUCAGAAGCCAGAGCAAUGGCGUCCUGCUGAACGCCGUGAGCCGACGAAGCCAAAAGAUAAUCUGAAACCUGAAGGUGAUUUUGAGAAACCUAAACACGACGAAUGGCGCCCAGCGGAGCGUCAAACUCCUAAGAAACCGCAAGAUAAUUUAAGACCAGAGGGUGAAUUUGAAUCUCCAAGGCAUGAGGAAUGGCGCCCUGCGGAGAGGCCUGAAGUCAGGAAGCCAAAAGAUAACCUCAAACCCGAAGGUGACUUUGAGACACAAAAACCUGAUCAAUGGCGUCCCGCUGAACGUCGUGAGCCGACUAAACCUAAGGAUAAUCUGAAACCAGAGGGUGAAUUCGAAAAACCGAAGCACGAUGAAUGGCGUCCGGCUGAGAGACAAACUCCUAAGAAACCUCAAGACAAUUUGAGACCUGAAGGUGACUUCCAACAGCCUACACACGAGGAGUGGCGUCCGGCCGAACGCCAAACACCGAAAAAGCCUCAAGAUAAUCUCAAGCCUGAAGGCGAGUUUGAGUCACCCAAACCUGAGCAGUGGCGCCCUGCGGAGAGGCCUGAAGUCAGGAAGCCAAAAGAUAACCUCAAACCCGAAGGUGACUUUGAAACACAAAAACCUGAUCAAUGGCGUCCCGCUGAACGUCGUGAGCCAACUAAACCUAAGGAUAAUCUGAAACCAGAGGGUGAAUUCGAAAAACCGAAGCAUGAUGAGUGGCGUCCGGCUGAGAGACAAACUCCUAAGAAACCUCAAGACAAUCUUAAGCCAGAGGGUGAAUUUGAGCAGCCUAAACACGACAAAUGGCAGCCAGCGGAACGCCCGGAGGUUAAGAAACCGAAAGACAACCUGAAGCCUGAAGGAGAUUUUGAGUCCCAGAAGCCAGAUGAGUGGCGCCCUGCAGAACGCCGGCAACCAACCAAGCCCAAAGAUAACCUGAAACCAGAGGGUGAAUUCGAGAAACCUAAACACGAUGAGUGGCGUCCAGCUGAUCGUCAAACACCUAAGAAACCACAGGAUAAUCUCCGACCGGAAGGUGAUUUCGAAAAGCCAAAACACGACGAAUGGCGUCCGGCUGAAAGACCUGAAGUGAAGAAACCUAAAGACAACUUGAAACCUGAAGGUGAUUUCGAAAAGCCGAAACAUGAUGAGUGGAAGCCUGCUGAACGGCAAACACCUAAAAAACCACAGGACAAUCUCCGUCCAGAGGGAAAAUUCGAGACUCCCAAACAGGAUAAGUGGCGCCCAGCAGAAAGACCAGAAGUCAAGAAGCCGAAAGAUAACUUGAAACCUGAAGGAGAGUUCGAAAAACCAAAACACGAUGACUGGAAGCCUGCAGAACGACAAACUCCUAAAAAGCCUAAAGAUAAUCUUAAGCCUGAAGGUAAAUUUGAUAGGCCAGAGAAACCAAAACCAUUGCCUGCAGGCGAAAGGCCAGUUCAAAAGAAACCUGAAGAUAACUUAAAGCCCGAAGGCGAUAUGGAAGUUGUGCGUCGAACUGAUUACACAGCAACUCGAGGAGACCGCGUGGACGUAGUCAAGCACGAAGACCACCUUAAAAUGGAAGGAAAGAUUGAUGUUCAUCGUUCUCGGGAUGACUAUAAGCGAAUUGAAAAAACGGAAAAAGUGGUGAUCAUGAAACAUGAAGACAAUCUGAGAACUGAAGGAAAGUUUAUUGACAUGCAAGUCCGAAAUGAUUACUCUGCAACUAAGGGGGAAAGGGCUACCGUGGUCAAACCUCAUGACAAUUUGAAACCUGAUGGUAAAUUUUACAGACCUGAAGCUGUUCCUUCUCAACCUGCUGAGAAGCGUAAACCUUUUAAAUAUGUCGACAAUAUUACUAUUGAGAAAGACACUGAUAUCAGACGAAAUAAACACUUAGAGCGAGUUGAUAUAAUUAGACGUGACGACAACUUAAAAAUAGAAGGUGAAUUCGUUGACCUGAAACAGAAAAAUGACUACACAGUCGUAACAGGUGAACGUGCUGCAAUUGUGAAACAUGAAGAUAACUUGAAGAUGGAGGGAAAAAUGGAAAACAUUCGAUCUUCAGAUACUUAUCGUGUGGUAAAAGGACAAAGAGUUAAGUUGACUCGCAGAGAAGAUAACCUUAAAAUCGAAGGAGUAUUUGAAGAUCACGUUCGUAGAAAUGAUUACAGUGUAACAAAAGGGGAAAGAUCAGCUAUUAUUUAUCACCCGGAUAACUUGAAACCUGAAGGUCAAUUCGAAAAGAGACCUGUUGAAGAACCAGUAACUGGAGAGAAAAGAACACCGAUAAAGGGCACAGAUAAUUUGAAACCAGAGGGUGAUUUUGACAGACCUACAAAACCAAAAUGGGAAUCUGCGGAACGACCGGAUGUAGUCAAACCGCGUGACAAUUUGCAUCCUGAUGGCGAAUUUGAUAGACCGGCGAAGACGAAAUGGAUUCCAGGCGAAAGACCAGACCAAGUUAGACCAGUAGAUAAUUUGCACCCUGACGGAGAAUUCCAUGAUAGGCCCAAGGAGCGCUGGCAACCUGGAGAAACUCCUUCACAGGUACGCCCAAAAGAUAACUUGAAGCCAGAAGGUGACUUCGAUCGUCCUGAGCGACCAAAAUGGCAAAAGGGUGAUAGACCCGAACAAGUCAGACCGACCGAUAACCUGCAUCCUGAAGGAAAAUUCCAGGACAAGCCUAAGGAACGUUGGCAACCCGGGGAAACUCCGUCUCAAGUCCGUCCGAAGGACAAUUUAAAACCGGAAGGAGACUUUGACCGUCCCGAUCGCCCAAAAUGGCAAAAAGGUGAGAGACCAGACCAGGUUAGGCCAACAGACAAUCUGCAUCCGGAAGGCAAGUUCCAAGAUAGACCGAAGGAAACCUGGAAACCCGGAGAAACACCGUCACAAGUUCGCCCGAAGGACAACUUAAGACCCGAGGGUGACUUUGAUCGCCCAGAACGGCCUAAAUGGCAAACUGGAGAUCGGCCUAAUGCUGUUAAGCCAAAAGACAACUUGUACCCAGAAGGUCCCCAUGCACCAACAACCGUAGAUAGAACCAGCUCUAAACAAACAAACGAGUUCGCAAGAAAAACAACAGAGUCAGAGACCAUUACUGGCCAAGAUAUUAGAAACAUUGAUUCCAAACGUACGAAUAUUGUUAGACAUGACACCGCAACAAGCCGGGACGAUACAAUGCAUGCUACUCAUUCAGAAUCACACCAGCAAAAAUCAAGCUCCCAUAGUGAACACUCAACUGUUAGAAAUAUUCAAUCUGGAACUCACGUGGCGCAUUCGACUGUUACUUCACAAAAUGUUAUUGACCGCACAGAUUCACAAAAUAAUGUCGAUAAAACUACAUUAAUACGCAAACACGACGGAACUGGGAAAGAUACAGAUAGUUCUGUUAUUAAACAUGUAGACAAAAAUACGGUCAAUAAGCAUGAUUCUAAGAAUAUUAAAAACGUCCAAUCUUCGACCUCGUCGACUACAAAGACAAUGAAGCAAGUUACAGAGAAGAAGCUCGUGGGCGGAAAAUGGGUUACCGUAACAAGAAAUGUGGAGACGAAUAUUUCAACUAGUGGACCUGGUGGUGGUGACCGACCCUCUGGCAAGAAGCCAAAAGAUAAUUUGCAUUUAGAUGGUGAUUUUGAAGGACGUCCUAAGACUAAGUGGCAACCAGGAGACACUCCAGCUCAAAUUCGUCCAAAAGACAAUUUAAAACCUGAGGGUGAAUUCGACCGACCGGCGAAGUCAGAAUGGCAAGCGAGCGAAAGACCAAGUCCAAUUAGACCGAAAAAUAAUUUACACCCUGAAGGUGAAAAGUACACAAACGGCCAUAUUGUACACGAAGACACUAUGAGAAUACAAUCACAAGAUAUGUCUAAGAAAACAACUGACAGUAGGUCUCAUGUGGGUCGCGACGAUUCUAACAUUCAGUCAAGAGAUUCACGGGUACAAACUACGACGAGCUCAUCAGAUCACCACGAUGGAGAGACAAAGACUAUGCACACUGAAUCUCAUACUACCAUUCAUAGUGGUGUCCAAAGUUCUACAACUAAACAUUCAACAUCUGGUUCCCAAAUAACACAUGCUACAGUUACUUCUCAGGGUACUGAUCGUACUGGAUCGCAGCGCAAUAUCAGUAAAACUUCACAAGACGUCACUGACAAAUCUUCAUCUCGAACUGUUACUGAUAAAAAUAAAAUAGCACAGGAUUCACGAAACGUUAAAAACUUAUCUUCUUCAAUCAAUAAGACCAUGAAGCAAGUAUCUGAGAAGAAACUAGUAGCAGGAAAAUGGGUCACGGUUACUCGAAAUGUAGAGGUAAAUACAACUACACAAGGAGGUGAUACAAACAAUCUUAAAACUGUUCAGGAUAAAGGGAGUGUUGAUAGACAGACUCGAGGUGAUUCUAGUCAAAGAAUUGUGUCAUCGGAUGAAUCGGCCAUAUCUUCGUCUGCACAACAGCGCACAUCAGUGAAUACUCACACUCAACGCAACUCUUCCAAUAUCAUACAGCAUAGUGGAAGCCACUUAGAGGAGCAUAGCUCUAGAUCAAGUCAACAGACGCACGUCGCUGGCAGGAAUCAACUGAGCGACAGCGUAGCCAGGACCAGUAUAGAGUUCCAAAAAGCCAUGCAUGGGGGUGAUUCUUCAACUACUGUAAUUGACAAUUCCAGUCGUUCCGGGCAUCACAAGAGGACAUCUGAUCUAGUUACCGAUGCGUCCAACACCGUUCUUCAUCGCAAAGGAAUCUCCUCGGCCACUGAAGCCCAACAUUCUAUAAGUUCAACGGCAUCGGCGCAGCGUAAGAGCAUCGGAAAUCUAAACGAUAGAGGAGAGUACAUCAGUAACUCGUCCCACAGCACUGAUAGAAAGAGCAUCAGUUCCAUGCACCGUUCAGCUCGCGAUAAUAUGGGUGUUAUUUCGCAGCACUCAGACAGGCAGCAAACCAAGCGCGACGGCCAGUCGACGUUGUUUGUCGAGAGGCAGCCAAAAGUUGUACGAGAUAACAUACAAGUCGGCGGGGAAUUCUACGGGCGUUCCGAAGCCAAUUCCUACGGCAGUUUUUCGCGUUCGGAGAACUCGCAGAAGGUCCAACGUAACGAGCGCACGGAGCGGGUGGUGCGGCACGGGCACACGUCGCACUUCGUUCUGGGCGGCGACAGCACCAGCUACAAGCAGGAGUUCACGACGCACGUGCACGGCCCGUGCCCCGCCACGCUCAUCGAAGCCCCGCGCACUCCAUUUAAACACACUCGUGAUUCACGUGAACACAAAUUCUAUGCCUCAAAAGUAACGCGUUAAAUACUAAAACGUAUGAUGUAUACUGUGUUUUGAGCCUUCGUUCAUUCCUUUUGAAUGUGCCUUACUAGAGCUUGUUUAUUUAAAAUGUUAAAUUAAAGCAUAAUAAGUAAUUACCUACUUUUAAAACGCAAUCUAACAUUGCUAGUCUUAUACAAUUAACAUGCCCAUUUUUUUAAGCAUUAUAAUGUAACAAUUAACAUCUUGAAGUAUACCUAUACGAAGCAAAUCAUUUAUUAUUAUUAUUUUACUCUUAUAAUGUCAAACAUUGCCAUGUAAUAAAUUUUAUAUUAAAA